CGCAAUAUCAAUAUCCAGGCAGUGAAGCUUCGUACAAGAUCAGAUCUAGAACAGUCAUCUCCUGCAGACUGCUCAGAAGGUCAUCGUCUUCCUUGCUUCCAUUUGUCUGCUAGAAGCGUUACUCGAUGCGCAUCAUGCCGACGCAAGACCCAUGACUCCUGGUCACGCUCAACAACCGCCACUCGAUUCGCUGGAUUGAGCUCGAGUGGUGUUCCUUCUUGUUUUUGGCGAAGUAUUGUCAAACGCAUUGAUAUACAAAGCGGUAUGAAUCCCAUUUUGAGUCAUGAAUUCCCUUCAAUUGACAAAUCUCUUGAUUCACCUCAUUUUGAAUGGCGAUGCACCACCUUUCGCUGGCACCUAUCAGCAUACUGGAAUGAGAUCUAAUCCUGCCUCUACAAGAUGAGACACUGGCAUGAUGAAAAAUGCGUAUGCAGCUUCAAAUCCUGCGACUACUAGUUUCGUGAUUGGUACUCGCCUUGCUCCAACCCGCAUCAACACCAAUCCAGCUGAUCGAAACCCGCCCUGCAACACGCGCUAUGUGGACAAUCUACCACUUGCAACAACGGAGGAAGAACUCAAGAGCUUGUUCUCUUGUCAGCAGGGGUGUCGACGUCUCUGCCACCGCACCAAAUCGAAUGGACCCAUGUGCUUUGUGGAAUUUGAGGAUGGAUGCAGGACAAGGGUUUGUGCCUCAACAGCAACAUCAUCACCAUCAUCAUCCACAUACAUUGCAAUAACGUCAGCAGCAUGGUCAAACGGGUGCAUUGAUGGGACAGCAUGCGCAGAUGGGCGCUCCUGGACAUUUUGUGAAUAAUGGAUACGCAGCACUUGCACCGCCGGAUCUAGCGUCAUCAAUUGGACACUCAAGUCACGCUAGUCAACAAACACGCACCCAUCGGUGUGUUUGGACACGGUAUGCCACCGGCUCAUCAUGAGACACAAUCAAAACAAUCAGACGCAAUCCUCUCAAGCUCUAGUCUGGCGUUGAUUCCACUAUUCUUCAGCGCAUUGACACCAUCUCUCUUAUCUAUUGGCAUGAACAGUACUGUUUUGUUUCACCAUUUUCCCGCUAUUUCAUCAUUCAACACACACGACCAUGCAACAGCACAGAGCACACAGGGUUGCUCACGGCAUCUAUACCAGCAUCCUUCCUAAUACGCGUCAAAGGACACGCUCUUUCUUACAUGCUUGGCGCGGGUGGAAGGUAUUUCGCUCGGAUUGCCUCAUCUUCACUUCUUCUAUUCCAUAAUUUUGCGACAUCCAUUACCUUACUCAUUGGUUA